AUGUCCAGUAGCCACUCACAGUUUCCUAAACGCUUGCUAAAUAAUUUUCAGUUCAAUUUGGUAUGCGAAAAUGAGCACUGGGCAAAACACGCUUCGUCGCUUUUUAUGUUUGGUGGUUUACUGAUACCGGUGCUCACUCAACUGUCGGAUCUGUACGGUCGACGAAUGGUUUUCCUGCUCAUGCUUUGGUGUGCUAGUAUAGCUUCGUUUGCAUGUUCCUUGGCACCAACAGUUCUCACAUUCCUCAUUUGUCGUCUUAUUCUUGGCAUUGGCACUACGGGUUACUUCGCUGUCAUGUCGAUAAUGUGCUGCGAAUCAGUGUCCGUCGAAUUUCGAUCGCUAAUCCCGGUGUUGUUCACGAUAACUUGGGUGACGGGUAUUAUGGCUGUUGGCUUACUGAGGAUAUGGAUCCACAGCUGGAGAUAUCUCUAUUUCAUCAUAUCCAUCCCCAGCCUGUUCACUAUUUCUUAUUACUGGCUUCUACCAGAAUCGCCGCAUUGGUUGAUUAGUCACAGGAAGCAUCGUGCCAUCGACAAGUAUAUCGAUGAUGCUUGUCACUAUAACAACAUGAAAAUCAAUCUGAGCAACUGCGAAUCGCAUGUGCAGUUGGAGGCGCAUUACAAGCCACGUACUUUUAUGGAUAUUAUACGCAACAAAGUGGCGCUCUUCCAUCUGUUGGUACAGUGUUAUGUGAUGGCUACAAUGAACAUAUCCUACUGGGGCAUGGCGUUGCUGAGCACGACGUUGAGUGAGGAUAGCUAUACGGGUUACUUCCUAUCCGGCUUCACUGAGCUGCCAGCCGGUCUGCUAGCUGUUUUGUUGCUGCAGAAAUUCGGACGACGCUCGAUCAGCAUGUGGUCCUUCCUGUUCCAGUCUCUUUUCCUCUUCCUUGCCGUUCUCUUCCCAGGUCCCGGCCCGGUGCAGAUAUCGUUUGCAGUGGUAGCGAAACUCUUCAACAGCUUCAUCUGGGCUGCCCAGCCACUUCUGUUGGCCGAAAUGAGUCCAACAACAAUUCGGAAUACAUUUUUUGGAGCGGUGCAAUUUGCCGCAGAAGCUGGCUCCAUCUCAGCACCUUAUCUGAUUUUACUUAAGAAUCUUAACGACCGCGCGCCGCAAGCAGCAGUAACGAUUUUCUCGUUUUUCGCUGCCUUACUGCUGGUCACUGCACCGGAAACAAGGGGCCGUGCGAUGCCGGAGGAUCUUGACCAGUUCGAUCCGGGAUGCUUCUUGAGAAUGUUCGGAUUUCAAGAGCAGAGGAAGAGGAGUAUUUUGCUUACUGCGAAGGAAAUUGACGAAGCAUGUUUUUGCAAGCUUGUUUUAUUUUUUGGCAGUGACGAAUUUUGCCCUUCUUUUUUUCCAUAA